ACACAUAGACGCACAUCCAGUGCUGGGUGAGAGGCUGCCUAAUUUCAGCUGAAUUGAGGGAAUGAAGGAGGGCAAGUAGGAGGUAAUGUAAAAGAGCGAGUGGAAAAGAGAAAUACAGAGACAGAGGGAGAGAGAGAGAGAGAGAGAGAGAGAGAGAGAGAGAGAGUGCGCAAGUCAGAGGAUGCGGAUCAAUAUCUCUUGCUGCUUCAGCAUGUAAAGGAGCGAGAGGAUCAAAACAAACCAGGAGAGGAAAGACGAGGAGGAGGAGAAGAGGGGGAACAGAGGACAGAGUCAGUCUCUUUGAACAUGGAUGCUGCUUCUCUCGCUCCGUAUGACCAGAGCACACAUGAGGCGAGACUGCUCUUCCGCUCUAAUCAUGUGAGAUUCCUGGCUCCCUCAUUCUCCGGAAUGGAUCUUCAGAUCCAUGGCAUGAGGAAGAGGAUGCUUCUAUCCAUGCUCAACGCAGAUGUACCACCACGGCCGAAUGGCAUGAUUUCUGCUCCGGAGUCUUGCUGAGCCGGUUGCCGUGGCGAUGGGAAGACGGGCCGCUGAUCUGGCCACUCCGGUGCCAGUGUCUGAAGUGCCAGCUUUGGUAGGAGUUCGCGAUUGGAGGACAGCCAACGGAGAGGCAGGGCUUACCUGUGCUCACCAGUGUAACGUUGGGGUACAAACAUCGCCAGCCAUACGGAGCUGCCAAGAGAGCCGUGCUGUCAGGAAAACCAUGCCACCCAACGGGCACAUCUCUGUCAAACUGGAUGGCAGAAAAGGACAAAAAAGGAGUGCUUUAUUUAAACACCGGAGCCUUGAGAAUAAGGUAAAGAAAGGUGUGACAUUCCAAGGUGUGGACGAUGAUGAUGAUGACGACGAUGAUGAUGCAUGUAAAGGCAAUAAAGCUGAAACGCACUGUGACAUUCAGACAAUUCAAACCAACACACAUCGGGCCAAUGGGCGUAUUAAAGGAAAAAAGGAAUUCCGCUUCACCAAUGGCAGCGUGGUCGACUCAGAGGUGAUGGAUGGGAUCAGCAAUGACAUCUGUGAAGGGGAGUCGUCGACUCUUCAGCUCAAAACUACAGUACACUCUGGGAAGAGGAAGGUUCCUCCAUGUUCACCUCCUCACAGAUUCCCAUUGAGGAUUUGCAGCAAAUGUGGAGGAAGGCAGAAUCCAGUGGCUGCGGCUCUCUUCACCACCACCAGGGACAGCACUUCGCCCUGUUCUGCUGGCUCAGAGAGUCUCAGAUCUAGCCCUGCAGCUCCUCCAGUCUCAGGAAAAGAAACAGGAUCCUCACUUUCUCCUCCAAACACCGAGACUGAGAAAUACAGAGUUAUGCAAAUGAACAGAGGCCCUGCGGUGACGUGGCCUCCUCCUAACCCAAAUAGCAACCGGCUAUUAGCAUCCACGCAGGAGGGAGAAGUGUUAAAACUCUCUGAACAUCAAUCAAGCUGGAGAUAUGCUGGCCUUGGCCUUCCACACAUACACAGGGACACUCCAGUUAGUCACACGCCAUCUGCAUAUACACACACAGUGGCAGGGAGUGCAAUUCAGGAGACAGGCAUGCGUUCACACCCAGACCUCUGCUCCCAUAAACCAGCACCACUGUCACACACACUCACGCUCCAGGAAUCAAGACCCACCAUGCUCACUCCACACUCCCAACAAUAUUCCAGCCUUAAGACAGACUCCCAAUCCAUCGCCCUGAAAGACACAGACUCCAUACCAAAGAUAAAAUCACACACAAACAGCAAUAUCCUGACACACACCUCACAUGUUGCUCUGACAAACCAUGCUAACAUCCAUCCAAGGUCUUCAGCAUCUGUCCAUUCACCUAUAAUCACUAAAGAGCAAAGCUUAGGACAGAGCGCCAAACCUUUCAACACUCCAUACCCUAGCAGAGACACAAGAGUUGAAAAUGGAUUAGAGAAUGUCCAAAACGCAAACUCAAGGCCUUCAAGCUGCUUGCAUGCAAAUCCAAGCAUUAAACCUCAAAGCGCAUCGCAAAUUCAUUCCUACAUGCAUCCUAAACCCACAUCCGCCACAGACUGCACCAAACACCAACCUACACAAACACACUCUCUGACCACUGACACAUCCUCAGCCAUUUCGCUUUGCACAGCCUUGUACUCCAAACCUUCCAUAGCACUUCACUGCUCUCUUCCACAUACGGAUGCCAAACCACAUCGAAUAUUAAAGAACCAACAAUCUAACCCUUCACACACCUCAAACAUGAAUGUUCAUAACAGCACCUCACUUAACCCAGGUCCUGUCACAACCCUGAGUCUUUUAACCCAGUCCAACACCGUUACAAUCACUCAAGCAUUUAUGGAAAUGCAUACGUACGGUAUGGACACCCCUAAUACAGACACACAGAGUCGGUCUCUUGCACAAUCAGACCGUGCUAAGUCUGCACCUGAGAAACUGGAGGACAAAGUUUGCAAAUCAUCAGCAACAACUUUGGGCUCUGCUAAAUCUCCUUGUAAGGAAGCAACCAAGACUGUGACAGCUACAAAAAUAGGUUGCAAAUUCGCAGCAGAGACAGACAGUGAGAGCCGCGUGCAAGCUAACUGUGAACUCCUUGCAACUUCAAAAUCACAAACAAUACACCAGCAAUCCACACCUCAGCAUCCUGCCUGUCCUGCAGCCCCCAUAAAACCUCAUGAACCCAAUGCCUUGGGUUCACUCUCAUGCCAACCUCCAAGACCUUUUCACACACAUCCACUGCAUCCAGCAAUUAAAUUAUUAAUCGAGGUCACUGGAAACAAAAGGACAGAUAUAGACUCAAAGGCAAACCCAUUUCUACUUUCUUCUUCAAUGCCUUCAGACCAGAUCCAGAACACGCAACUACACCAAGAAUUAGAGACUGCAUCACAGACGAGCAUUGUUUUACCUGUUAGUGGGCCUGUCUCAAAUGGCGGCUAUGCCCUCACACACUACCACCCUCCCUCUUUGGUUCUGCUGUCACGCAGUUCCCCCGAGAGCAACAGGAGUCAGGACCUUCAGAAGAGGCUGCAGAGAGUAGAAACCAAUCUGCAGGCCAACCAGGAGCGAGUCACGACCCUACUCAACAUCAUCCAAGACCUGGAGAUGAGCCACGCACUCAGCAAAGGACGCCGAUGUUUCAGAACCGGCCAGGAUUUAAGCGAUUGCUCCACCUGCCAGGAGACGGCAUGCAUCAUUUACAGGGGUCCUGUGCUGGUGCCAGAGUCAGUCCUGGUUCUGGGCCAGAAGCACCAGCGAGACUUUUUACGAAGCAUCCAGCAUUUCAACCCUUUUUGAAAGCUGAGUUAUUACAUAACCUGAUGCUGUUAUUCAAUUCCUGGUGAUGCCAUCGGUUAAGCAGAUGUUUUUGGAAAAAUGAAAUAUACAAGACCUUACCAUGUGCAGAACAGAAUAUGUGAACGGAAUUUAGGAAAUGUCACUUUGUAGAUCAUGAGGUGAGAGUUAACAUCAUGUGUUAGGAUCUACUCAUCAAGCUGAAGUUGUGGUUAUGUUAAAUCCUGUAAACAUAAAAAAUCCAGGGGUAGCCUGGCUUCUUAACAAAAUGGGAUUCAGUUGUAGCCAGUUCCUACCUGAUACCAGAGUUUAGUCUAUUGCUCAACAACUACUUUAGGGCCGAAGACUAACAUAAAGCUUGAAAUUACUGCUAACACAGUUUCCUAGGUAGCUGACCAUGCUUGAAGGAGUGUUACAUGCAUGACACUGUAUACAUGAUCUAACAGACACUCAUUAUUGGCAAGUGUUGGUCUGAUUGGCAGGGGAGAAAGGAAGGCUCUCCCAGUCUCCAGGUCACAGAUAUACUGGUAUGAUCAGGAUUUUAACCUUUCUGGAGAUCCAGAUUGGAAGAUUUUGACUAAUUUUGACAAAGGAAAAGAAUCCACAGUGAAAGACAUCCGUAUUAUUAUUUAUCAUUAAGAUGUGAUCUUCACUGCUAUCCAAGAUUUCUUUGUUAUAAAAUUUUGCGUUUUGCCAUUCGACUACAUGCUGAUAGUGGUGCAGUGGGAUUUACUGUAGCCCUUGCAUCAUCUCUACCUAUAAAGAGCAAUGCAGUGGCACUUUAUUCCUUUAAUCUGUCCACCUCUCUCACCUCAUCUGUACACUCCACACAAACAGAUCUGGUUCCAACACUUCAAAUUUCAGGUUAAUACCAUCAUCAAUGCAAUCAUGCUAGUCAUCUCGUGGAUCAAUAAAUAGCUGAGCUGAGUCUCUGCCAUAACUCAGAACAGCUGUGCCCUAUAGCUACAUUGUAUUCUGGGACUUUUAGCCCAACAUUUACUCUAAUCAUUAAACACACCCCAAAUAUUUCAAUAUAAAUACAUUUAAUGAAUUUCCCAUGUCAUUGCGUGUCAAUGAAACAUUCUUCUCUCUAUUUAUCUCUCACUCUGUCAGUGUGGAGUAUGACUUCCGGCAGCAGGAGCGACGAUUCAGGGACGUCUUAGAGCCUCUGGAUUCCCCAGUGAGAAAGAUCU